CCGGGAUGAUAGAGAGGCAAUGACAGCUUGAUCAACAACAAGACAUUUACACAUUACAGAUCAAUAAAGUGUCUACUCUCACGUGGUGCCUGCGUGUCCCUCCUGUUCACCUAGCAGCCCCUCACUGGAGAGAAGACUGAAGGAGGAGGGCUCAGCCUCUCUUCCCCAGGCCAGCCAGCCACUAUGGAACCUUCACUGCAGAAACCCACAAUGAGCUGUGAUAGUGGACUGGUGGAGAGGAACAUUGCUGGAGCCGACCCAGAGGGGAUGUGGGACAGUGGGGCCGUGGAUCCACCCGAGGAGGAGGGCCGCACCUUCAUGCAGGUUCUCAGCGAGAAGUACAGCCCGGAGAACUUCCCGUACCGCCGAUGGCCCGGCAUGGGCGUGGUGGUAGUGCCAACUCUCCCACAAGGCUCACCCAUGAAAGAUCGUUUGAACCUUCCCAGUGUGCUCGUCCUGGCUGGCUGUGGAAUCAGCCAUGCGGGAGACCAGAGAGAGAUCGCAGCCUUCUGUGCCCACGUGAUGGAGCUCGACCUGUCCCAGAACAAGCUCCAGGACUGGCAUGAGAUCAGUAAGAUUGUGUCAAACAUCCCCAACCUGGACUUCCUCAACCUGAGCUCCAACCCGCUAAGUGAGGUUGUCUUGGAGCCUAGCGGUGCUAAGGCCUUUGCCCGAGUCCGACGCCUGGUCCUCAACAACACUCAAGUGUCCUGGAACACGGUGCUCAUACUAACACGGGAGAUGCCUGAGCUGGAAGAGCUGUUCCUGUGCCUUAAUGAGUACACCACCGUGUCGGCCUCUACUGUGCCCUGCCCCACACUGCGCCUGCUGCACAUCACUGACAACAACCUGCAGGACUGGGCCGAGGUGCGCAAGAUUGGGCCCAUGUUCCCCGGCCUGGAAACUCUGGUUAUGGCCAACUGUAACCUGAGCUCCAUUCAGGACUCCGAAGACAUGCUGCGGCGCCUCUUCCCCAACCUACGCAGCAUCAAUCUGCACAACUCAGGUCUUAACCGAUGGGAGGACAUAGAGAAGCUGAACCAGUUUCCUAAACUGGAAGAUGUGAGGCUGCAGGGGAUUCCCUUACUGCAGACCUAUACCAACACAGAGCGUCGGAGCCUCAUGGUAUCACACCUGCCCUCUGUAUCAUCGCUCAAUGGCAGUGUGGUGACGGACGGGGAGAGAGAGGACUCGGAGAGGUUCUUCAUUCGUUACCAUGUCGACUACCCAGAGGAGGAGCUACCUUACAGGUAUCACUGCCUGGUGACCAAAUACGGGAAGCUGGAACCCUUGGCUGAGAUCGACCUUCGACCCCGCUGCCACGCCAAGGUGGAGGUGCACUGCGAGGACAAAGUGGAGGAGGUGAGUAUCCGCCUGGACCAGACUGUGGCCGAGCUGAAGAAACAGCUGAGGACAGUGGUACAGCUGUCGGCCAAUCAGAUGCGUCUUUACUACAUCGACAAGGAGUGUGUCUUUGGGCCGGAGGAGAUGAAGUACCACACCAGAGCCCUCCACUCCUACAGUAUCCAGGACGGGGACGAACUCCUGGUGGUGCCUAAGGCUGGCCGGGGGACUACCACCACUGCCAAACCACUAUCAAACCUUAACUCCAAAACCUUAACUCCCCCGCCAUAGAAAUAGAAUAACUAGAACGGUCCACCUAUCAUGGCACAUUGACUUGAAUGGGUAAUGCAGUUCUAGUAAUUAUAUUUCUAUGCUCAUACCCUUCCCCAUCCUAAUCUUGUCUGAAGAACUCCCUGCACCCCUCCUUACGCCCAUCCUAUGUUUUACAUUCAGUGUGGGACACACUAUCAGGAAUAACAGCGACUCUGACUCUGAUUCUGACUGGCUUGCGUUUCACCUCACAGCACCACACAUGCACACACACACCAAUUAAUCCGAACAAAUGUGUCUUGUACGCUGCCCUCAAAAGGUGUGCGUAUUAUGUGUGACUGAGUCCCCUCUUUGUCUUGGUGUAACGCCUCUGCCCUUGACUCCUAAAAAGGCUAUCUUUUGGGGAAGGAGCACAGGAGAUAUUGCUGAGUACAACCACAGUAUCUUUUAUCUUUAAGACAAUCUCCCAUUUGCAUACCCUGUGGUGUGCAGAAGAUGUUGAUGAAAGGAUAUGGUCUACUGCUGUGCCACAGACUCUGUUUUGAGUGUACUAGGUUGAUUGUACUGUAGCUAACGGAAGUCUUCAUCGCACCGUGUCAUUCCACUUCCUCACAUGACCGAGCCAUAGUUUUUGAUGGGUUAUUCUAAGUUAGGUUUAGUUCUUCUACGUUGAAUUCAGUAAGAUUAGUAUUUUUGGAGGAUACUUGAUAUUCAAACUCAAAUCGUGUUGAGCUUUCAAAUGGUCUUUCCUUUGGCCAGUUGUAUCAUAGUGUUUAUAGGAUAUUGAUGCCUCUGACUGAAAUCAUUGAUGUACCAUAGAGUGCUGCAUGAGACUUUUCUUUCCUAAGUGUGUUUUUAUGUCGUUUGUGUGGAUCCUUCCACUGUCUGGGGCCGUCCGUAUAUAUGUUAAGCCUAAAUUACGUUUGAACACCUAUUGACACAUUUGCUUCUGUGCCAGAGACAAGGUAUCUCAGGUCUAUUGCAGACAGAGGCUUUGUGUGUUCACCAAAGAUUUGUGUGAACUCUGUGUACUGUUCAUUGCAUUGUUGAUGCAGUUUCCUUGUGUGUGAAGAGGCUCAUGCUUGGUGUUAUUUUUGUCAUUGCGAGGGCAAAGGUCACUAUGUCAGUAGCGGUUGUCUGGGACAGUAGAACUAAGGCAUUGCUUGGUACUUCACAGCUAAGGGACACCGCCACUUUAAAUCCCAAUUUACAGGCUGUUUGUUUCCCUGUUGGAUCUUAAUUUACAUAAUUUGUUAUGACAUUGUCUGAUUUGGAAGACAGUAAAGUAUUGGAAGAUGCGCUUAGUAGAGCUAGAUCUCUCUAAAGAUUGGAAACUAGACAAUAGCAGCAUAUUUCAUACCGCUUGUUGUAUUUAUUUAGUCAUUACAACAUUGUAAUGAGCGGUAAGGGUCCGUUAUUUUUGGUAGGCAUAAUAUUUCUAUGUCGCUUAGAUGGCUACUUGGUUUACUCUAGACAGCUUCUCUUGGUUAGUGAACCAAUGUUUUAAUGUAGUCAGUAUGCACUGGCAAUCAAUCAAUCAAUCAAAUGUAUUUAUAAAGCCCUUUUUACAUCAGCCGAUGUCACAAAGUGCUAUACAGAAACCCAGCCUAAAACUCCAAACAGCAAGCAAUGCAGAUGUAGAAACACGGUGGCUAGGAAAAACUCCCUAGAAAGGCAGGAACCUAGGAACAAACCUAGAGAGGAACCAGGGUCUGAGGGGUGGCCAGUCCUCAUUCAUAGAUGACCAGCAGGGUCAAAUAAUAAUAAUCACAGUGGUUGUCGAGGGUGCAACAGGUCAGCACCUCAGGAGUAUAUGUCAGUUGGCUUUUCAUAGCCGAUCAUUCAGAGUUAAACACGGCAGGUGCGGUAGAGAGAGAGAGGGUCGAAAAACAGCACGUCCGGGACAAGGUAGCACGUCCGGUGAACAGGUCAGAGUUCUAUAGCCGCAGGCAGAACAGUUGAAACUGGAGCAGCAGCACAACCAGGUGGACUGGAGACAGCAGGGGUCUUCAGGCCUGGUAGUCCUGAGGCAUGGUCUUAGGGCUCAGGUCCUCCGAGAGAGAAAAAGAGAGAGAGAAUUAGAGUGAGCAUACUUAAAUUCACACAGGACACCAGAUAAGACAGGAGAAGUACCCCAGACAUAACAGACUGACCCUAGCCCCCAGACAAAUAAACUAUUGCAGCAUAAUUACUGGAGGCUGAGACAGGAGGGGUCGGGAGACACUGUGGCCCUGUCCGACUAUACCCCCAGACAGAGCCAACCAGGCAGGAUAUAACCCCACCCACUGGCAGGCACACUAAUGCAUUAAUGUGAAAAAUGAGAGUGGCACUGUCUAAAGGGAUAAAGAUUUAAUCAAAUAUAAAGGAAUAAAACAUUAAUCUGAUUCUGGAGCCAUGGCUUAAUGUAUAUUUAGAAAAUGUCAUAUGCCUAGAUGUAAUGGCUUCCCGUGAUUUCUGAAAUUAUUUCUGUUUCAUCAUCAUCAACAUAGCACAUUUAAGGAUUCUGAAUUAAGGUAUCAACUUAUAUCUGCUAGAGUUUGACAUGUUUGAAAUGCAGAAAUGUGUCAUUUUAAUUACAUUUUAACGUAUAAUAUUUAUUUAUUUGUUUGUUUUUGUGUGAUGCUUUCCCUAGUAGUGUCAGCACACACUGAAUUGAUGCACUAGUUAUUUUCAUGAUCAGUAUGUUUUCGGGUAAAGGAUUUGUUUAGCAUCUAUUCCAGGUCACCACCUUACUUUAGUCUAGGUUUAAUAGCCAAUGCUUUAUACUUCAUUUAUGUGUUAUUUGUUCCGGAGUAGUACAAAUAUUUAUCGCUGUUGUGGGUUAGUGCCUAUCCUGAACCACAAAUUAUUUAUAAAGCCAUUAUGCAGCUCCACAAUAAUCAGGUACAGUACAUAUAUCUCCUGCUGUUCUGUUGUAGGUAUGAAUCCUUCUGCUUAUUCAACCUAACCUUGUGUAUUCUCAUCAUUGUGUAAAAUGUGGGAAGAAGAAAGGGAUACUAAAGUAAUGUACCACUUACUGUUGUAUUGAAGGGAAUGGUUUAAAUGUGGCAAAAGAAUCUGAGAAUUUCAGCCACAUUACAUGCUAGGUAAACCCGGGCAGCUCGCUACAUCGAAAUGAGCAUGAUUCUAAACACCUGAUAUAUGUGUGGUCCGUGAGUUCAACCAGUAUAGAGACUGUUUUCUGAUUGUCUGCCUCCUGGAUGUAACAAUGCUAUCCAAAUGUGUUUACUACGGUACAUGCAAAUGUUUAGAAAAGGUAUAUAUGUGUGGCAGAAAUAUAAGUAUGGAACAUGUAUCAUUCAAUGAUGGCUAUAUGAGUUUGUAUGAUUGAAUGCAAUUUAAAUGGCAGAUGAGCAGAUUGAUGUAAUUCCUCUGAGCUCCAUAUUAGUCACCUGUGUAGAGAAAGAUGCAUACAAGAAUAAACAGCAGUGUCUUUUC